AAGAACACUUAAAUUGUCAAAAUAUUGUUAAUCAUAAAGACAAUUGUUAACAAUAAAAAAUUGUCAACAUGAUUGUUCCAAUUUCAAAUAAUUUUUUACGAACAGCAUCAAGAAGUGUUAGAUUGAGUCAUCAACAGAUUAAGUAUUCAUCAGAAAAAAAAAAAGAAGACAAACCACAACCAGAAAUACCAAAAAAUGAACUUGAGGGAAUGUUUGCUGCUCAAAAUCAAGAUAAUCAUAAUAAAAUGUAUGACAAAAAACCAUUUAAAAUGUUACUUGAAGCUGGUAAAAAAUAUUCAUGGUGUUUUUGUGGACAAAGUCAUGGACAGCCUUUAUGUGAUGGAACUCAUAAAAAUAUAUUUUUAAAAAUAACACAAAAACCAAUUAGAUUUUCUGUUAAAGAAACUAAAGAGUAUUGGCUUUGUAAUUGUAAACAAACAUCAAAUAGACCAUUUUGUGAUGGUACCCACAUGAGAAAAGACAUUCAAGAAAAAAAAUUUCAAAUGUAAAUAAUACACAACACUUGGUUAUUGUAAAAUAAAUUAAAAACUUUUACAAAUA